GUAAAUUCGACCGUUACAUUUCCAUCUCAUUCAAAUAAUUUCAACAGAGAAAAUAUUGCUUCACUUGCAGAAAAAAAAAUGGAGGAAGAAGAAGAUAGAAUACAAAAUCUCAGAUCCAAAGCCACAGAGCUUUUACUCAGAAAAGAAUGGAAAGAUUCCAUUGAAGUUUACUCAGAGUUAAUCUCCCUUUGCCAUGACCAAAUCUCAAACCCCCAUCAAAAUCUUGAUCCAAACAACCUCCCAAAACUCAAAAAAUCCCUCUGUUUAGCUCUCUGUAACCGCGCUGAAGCUCGAUUAAAUCUUCAAGAUUAUCCUCAAGCUUUACAGGAUUGUAAUGAAGCUUCCCAAAUUGGAAACACCCAUUUCAAGACUCUGCUUUGUAAAGGUAAGAUUUUGCUAAGUCUCAAUCAAUAUGGGUUGGCCUUAGAUUGUUUUAAAAAAGCAAGUCUUGAUCCCAAUGAGUUAGAAAAUUAUGAAAUGCUUAAUGGGUAUUUAGAAAAGUGUAAAAAGUUUGAAUUUUUAUCAAGAACUGGUGCUUUUGAUAUCUCUGAUUGGGUAGUAAAUAAGUUUCAAGGAAAACCCCCUGAGCUAGCUGAGUACAUUGGUUCAAUUGAGAUUAAGAAAUCGGAUAUCAGUGGGCGUGGAUUGUUCGCAACAAAGAAUCUUGAUUGUGGGAACUUGUUGUUAGUUACUAAGGCUGUUGCUGUUGAAAGAGCUAUAGUACCUGAAUCUGUUUUUCAAGAUUCUAAGGAACAAGCUCAGUUGGAUAUGUGGAAGAAUUUCAUUGAUAAAAUCUUGGAAUCUAUCAAAAAAUGUGUACGAACGCGUGAUUUGAUUUGUAAGCUAUCAAAUGGUGAGAAUGAGGAUGAUUUGGAGGUUCCUGACAUUGAUCUAUUUAGGCCUGUGGGAGAAGAUAGUAGUACAUUUCAUGAUAAGAAGAUUGAUAAGGAAAAAUUGCUUAACAUUCUUGAUGUGAAUUCUCUUGUUGAGGAGUUGAUUUCCGCGAAAGUUCUUGGCAAAAACAGUGAUGUCCAUGGGAUUGGACUUUGGAUUUUGUCUUCAUUUAUCAACCAUUCAUGUGAUCCCAACGUGAGGCGUUCCCACAUUGGUGAUCACGUGACGAUUCAUGCUUGUAGAGACAUAAAAGCAGGCGAAGAGCUCACAUUCGCCUAUUUUGAUGUGUUUACACCCUUUAGAGACCGUGAAGAGAAGGCGAAAAACUGGGGCUUUGUUUGUAAAUGCAAAAGGUGUAAUCUUGAAAAGGGUGUUAGUUCAAAUCAAGAAAUGAUGGAAAUUGAGAUGUUUCUUGGUAAAGGACUAGACAAUGGAGGUGUAGUUUAUAGAUUGGAGGAAAAUAUGAGGAGAUGGAUGGUAAGGGGAAAAGGGAAAGGGUAUUUGAGAUCGUCAUUUUGGCGAGUGUAUUCAGAAGUUUACGAGUCAGAAAGAUCGUUGAGGAAAUGGGGAAGUAAAGUUCCAUUGAUGGAAAAUGUGUUGGAUAGUGUUGUGGAUGCAGUGGGAAGUGAUGAGAGAAUUGUGAAGUUGUUGAUGAGAGGAUUGAAGAGAAAAAAUGGACAUAAAGGGAAUGGGAUUGUAGAGAUGGAAAAAGCAAUGAAGUUGGGAAGGGGAUUGUAUGGUAAGAUAAUGAAGAAACAAACAUUGAGGACUAUACUAAUUCAGCUUGGUAACUAGAAAGG